CUUCUCGUAUAUGUGUAUAAUCUCGAUUAAUCGGAUGUAAAAUUGACAACUCGGAAAAUCAUUCUCAAACACUUGAUGACAUUUGAAAUCUUUGAACGAUCGUAAACGUAAACGAUGAUCGUGUCGCUGGGUGUUUGACAACGGUGGUCCAUCUGAUUAAGUUCUCUAACACGUGUCACUUAAUGUGCCGAAAUGGUCCAAUGGGAAGAGAAAUGGGCCAAAACGGAAAAAUGGUCGACGAAGCCGCAACACAAGAGGAAUACGUUAAUAGUUUUCGAAGAGGCUCCUUUGGAAUGGCGUAAGUGUUGUAUAUUUACAUUGGCGUUACAGGCUCACACCUGGACGCAAGAAUAGCGCCGCUUCUUUUUUCUCCGAAGUAUUUUCUCGUCCGUGCGUCAAACAGCUUCCUGAACAAAGCGAAUUUUUUUAUAUUUUUCUUCCUCUUUUUUUUUUCUUCCCUUUGCUUUAUUUCUAGAUGAGCUUUUCAUUAUUUCAAUAUAUAUAAUUUCGAUUGCAGUUAAAAAGAGAAAGAGCUAUUUUGUUUGUCGUCAUUAUCCUUUUCAUUUUCAAAUAUGGGAAGAUUUAAACAAUUCAGAAAAAAGAUAAAGGUUAGGAAAACAAUAUUCCAAUGUUGACGAUGAAAAGCGAUAACUUUUCCCAUUACGUUCCGAAAUAUGGGAAGUUUUUAAAUGAAAUUGGAUCCAAGGAAGACAUCAAGAGGGUAGUUUACACCCGCUUAAGUUGCUGAUCGCCGAUUUUCCUUGAGCACCGGAACAACGUCGGUAUGCAUGCAGAUGGUGGUCGUAAGAGGGGGUAGUCUAAAAUAAUAAAGAAGCUGACACGAAGAUGAGGAAUGUUUGUGUUUUCACGUACGAUGGCCGAUUCUUAAAUGACGAGAUACAACUGGAAAAACGUAUAUUCGAAAGACAAUACUUCGAAUAAACCAAUAGUUAUCGAUAGUUUCCUGUAGACAAUCGUUUUUCAGCUUAAAAAGAAAAAAACAAUAAAUAUUAUUUCUAUUUUGUUUUUUUUUUUAUGAGAAAUGUAACAUUUUUUUUUUAUUUUUCGAUUAAAAAUUAUAAGAUAUUUCUGUUAUUUUUUUUAAAAUGAUAAUAUUCUGCUAAUUGCAAGCAAAAUAUAAAAUUGCAUUGAAACAAAUAAUAAAUCAAUGAUAUCUUUAUUAUUUAUUUAAAAAUAAAAUAUAAUACUAAAUAAAAAAUGUAUUAAUUUCAAAUUAAAUAAUUAAAUAAAAUGCUUUAUUAUAUUACGAAUAUUUGUAGAACUUUGUUAUUUUGCUUUAUAAUAUAUUAAUUUAAAAUCAUAUUUUUAGUUGAUAAAACUGAUAAAUUAAUCGUGUUAUGUGCACAACAUGCAUAAUACAUGCUCAAACUUGACAUGCAAUUCGAGAAAGGGAUCAAUUGGAUUUCCUUAUUCUAUUUAGUAUUAAUAUAACUGUAAAGAUAGUUGAUUCAAAAUGAAAUAUAAGUAUAAUAUAUCUUUAAAAGAAUUACGUAGUAGUUUGAAAUAUAGAUCAAGAGAAUAUUUGUUACAGAAUAGUUUACAUGGCAUUCCAUAUGUCGUGGAUCCUACACGACCUAAAUGGGAAAGAUUAAUAUGGUUAUUUUUAUCAAUGACAUCAGUAAUAGCGAUUUUUAUUACAAUCGUAAUUAUCUUGAACAAAUUUCAAACGCAACCAACAAUAACCGGAGUGGAUGUAUUAACAGAGCAUAUUAAUAUCGAAUUUCCUCAAAUCUUUAUUUGCUUCGACUGGAUUCAUUUGAAUCAUUCGUAUAUACUUGAGAAUGAAAUGUAUGUAUAUGAGGAAUUAUAUAAUUGGAAUGUUGGAAAAUAUAUUGAUGUGAAAUCAUUUAAUCCAAUUUAUAAAAAUAAAAACAAUUUUCGAAAAAUUUUUGAAAUGAUGGGAUUUGAUUGUGAUUCUUUAUUUAGUAACUGUGCAUACAGAGGAAUGAAUAGAUCGUGUAAAAAUAUAUUUACGAAAGUAUUGACUGCAGUGGGUAUAUGCUGUAAAUCUAAAAAUUUAGAGUCACUUAAAUAUAUAGAUAUUUCAUGGAAUCUUGAAUUUAAAAUCUCUAAUUCAAGUUUUCCUUUAAGAUUUUAUCUCAUGGAACAAAAUAAUUCGAGUCCAGAACCAGGUGAAAGAUCUCUUAUAGUAGAUAAAUCUCUAGAUAUAGAAUUUGUUGUUGAUAUAACAUAUACGACUUCUGAUAUUAAAUAUUUAUCUCUUCGGCAACGACAAUGUUAUUAUAAGCAAGAAAGUAAAAAUCUUAUUGAUUGCGAAAUUGAUUGCAUAACCGAUAAACUAUUUAAAUAUUGUAAAUGUUUGCCAUGGUUUUUAUCAUUUGUCGAUAAGACAGAAUGUCCAAUUUCAAAAUAUCCCUGUUUAAACAAUAUUAAUAUCGAUAAAACCCAAUGUAAUUGUUGGCUCUUUUGUGAUCAUACAUCAUAUAGUGUAAAAAGUAUGAAAACAUUUGAAAAUAAAAAUAAAAAUCAAAUUAUGUUAAAAAAUUGGCCAACAGCUCUCCAUAAAAGAGAAAUGCAAUUUGGUUAUUUAGAUUUACUUGUAUCAUUCGGUGGUAUUGCAGGCCUUUUUUUAGGAUUUUCUAUUUUUGUAGCUUUAGAAUUUGGAUAUUAUUUUACUCUUAGAACUUAUUUUGGAGCUGUAAUUCGAUUAUCUCGAAAACAAUAUAAUAUUGUGACUAUUUAUGUGAUAGAAAAAUACCCCAUCCAGAAAGUAAAUACUAAUUCAAAAUAUUAUGUAUAUCUCGAUUAAUUUUUUUCAAAAAAUUAAUAUUUAUAUUCCAUUUUGUUGAAAUUAUAUUUAAUGUAUGUAGCAUAUCAUUAUUAAUUUUGUGUAAAUCUUAAAUUUCUAAACAAAUACAAAAAUUUAAAAAUUUAAAAAGUCACAUAGAUAUAAAAAGAAAAUAACAUCACAAUGAUAAUUUUUCAUAUUAUUAUUUAUGCAAAUAUUUAUAAUAAUAUAUUUUUGAAUAAAUAAUCGUAAACAUAUUAUAAUAAGUUUUUUAAUUAAAAAAUAACUUGAAUUGGUUUCUUCAACCGGAUUGGAUAAGAAUCCACCACGUAACUUGCAAAAAUCCCUAAAAAUACGAAAUGUGCAAAUAAUUCCUAUAUCAUUAAUUCUGGCAAUUAAGAUUCUUAUUUCUAAAUUUUAUUUGUCAAAAUCUAUAAAAACAUAUAAAAAAUUUUUACACAUUUAAAAUUUAAUUUUAUUAUAUUAUAAAAGCAACAAUACAAGUUUCAUUAUUUUAUUUAUUUUUUAUACAUAAUAAACAAACAUAAUAAUUAUUUUAGUUAAAUUUCCUAUAUUAUAAGUUGUAAUAUAAUUACAAUCGAAUAAUGUAUAGAGAUUUUAAUUUUUAGUUGUAGAUACCAACAUAAGAUACCAACAUAAAUAUAUUAACUGCAAUCGUUUCACACCAAUUAUUGUUGAUUCAUUUUAUUAUAAAUUUAUUAUUAUGUUUGAAAUUAUUUUUUUUAUUAUUAAUAAUAUAUUUUUUUUAUUAUAAUAAAUCAUUUUUAAAAAUAAUUCCAAACGUUAAUUCUUUUAUUAUUUAAUUAUAAUUUUAAAAACAUAGAAGUUAUUUAUGAAACAUAAAUGCUCAUGAACAUAUAGCUUUAAGAUGAUAAGAAUUUGCUAUAAUCUGUGGCUCUAUUGCUUGCCGAUUAGAUUUUACUGAUUGCAUAGUGAAAACACGCGUCUCCCGAAGCGCCACCUUGCUCAUUUCCGAUGUUCUUUUCGGAAUGGCUGAAACGUUGCUUUCGUGCUGAGAAAACGUGACUACAGAGAACAUUGUGUGGCGAUCGUGAUUAAGAGAACGAGUGUUAUACAUUAUAUUGCAUUGUAUAUUGACGUACAUUAAGGCUGUCGCGCAACGGCAUGCAGCUGUCGAAGUAAAUCGACCGGAGUAACACGGAUACAGAAUUUUUCGCAGUACACGGGUAUCUGGGUGCCGGCACAUAUCAAUAUACGCGAGUACGAAGGAUUGGUUAUUGAAAAAAUGGCGGCGGAAUGCAAGAAUCGAAUGAUGGUUUUUAAGAACAAAGGCAAAGAUCAAGAAGUGAGUAUUCAGUGUGUUCUUCGUUGUGCGCAGUUACGUUGUACGUCUGGAAGUUUCGGCUACUGAACUGGGCGACUAAAUGAACAUUAUCAUGGGCACUAAUUUUUCCAAAUUUGUGCAAUUUAUUUGCAUAUUUUGUUAUUUCAGUUGGAAUUUUGGAUAUUUCUGUAUAUUUAUUUUGCACAGAAUCCAUAAAAAUUCUUAAUAUAACUUUAUCAAAUAUAACAGCAUUAUAUUUUGAAUAGAAUCAUGCCAUUCUGAAACAAGUGGAAAGUGUCGUUACAUUAAUGUCAAAUAUAGCACUAUCAAAGAUAGAAUUGAAUGAAUAAUUGUAAGAAAGAAAAGUUAUAUUAUUUUAAUUAUUUUUUGAAAAUUUCUUUGAAAAUUUUAUAAAUAAUUUAUUUACAUUUUUUAUUUACCUUUUAUUUUUGACUCAAAUAAUUCACUUUUCUUUGUACAUAUUUUUUAUUAUAAUUAAAAAAAUCUUUCAAAAGAUAUUACAAAUAAUUUUGAUUCUAUAGUAUGUAAAUAAUAUCUUUUUAUAUAUAUAUUAUAAUAAUAUCAAUAAUAUAUAUUAUAAUGAUAUUAUAAUAAUAUCAAAAUAAUAUUGAUGAAAAAAUAUUAAAAAGUGAAGUUUUCCAUUAUCAUACUUGGAAAUUAUUAAUAAUAUAAUAUUAAUAUUUUAUUAAUUAUUAAAUGUAAGUGUAUAUUUUCUUAUUAUGUUUAUAUGUACUUUAUCUUUUUAUAUAAGAUUUUAAUAUUAUUAUUAAACAUAUUUUAAAUUAUGAAAUUUUAUAUGUUCAUUAAAGUUUAAAAACUUAUUCAAAUAAAUAUGUAUUAAAAUAAUUAUAUCAUUAAAUUGUAAAAAAUAUAUGAUUAUUA